UAUAUAAUCUGUUUCUUAAGGUCGUAAAGCUGCUCAAUUAGCUGUCCACUCGUUUUUUAUUCAUAUUCUUUUUUUCUUCUUCGUUUUCCAUAUUCUUCCAUGAGUAUCCCAGAGCUACUAGGAUGGAGAGAAAAAGAAACAGAUUCAUAAUUUGGAAAGAAAUUUGUUCAUUUUCCAUAUUAUAGUCUUUCCCCACCGUUGGACAUUUGAUUUUUCCAGUCUUUUUGUUGUGAAAAAGUGGGAGAUUCUCGUAGCAUCGUUGUAUAUUUUUGCCACAUUUGCGUUGGAGAGAUCUGAUGUUUCUUUCUUUUUGUGUCAGCGAUCUAGGAGUUGAGUUUGGUUUUCUUGCAGGGAAAGAAUCGAUGAUUUUCUCUUUUUCUUAUUGGCUUUGGUAAGACGCCAUUGUAAAAGGGAGAAGUCGAAGAGUUGGAGUUUCCUUCGUGUCUUUGCUUUGGUUUGGUCUGCUUUCUAUUUUUUUGGUUGUCUUUGUAAAUACGCGUGGGCGUUGGAAUUGGACUCGUAUAAUGCUGGGGUGGGACUCUUAAGAACCUCUCGUAAAAACAUCCCCUUAAGUCUUAAAAAUGGCUCUACAUGAUUUCUGAUACAGAUCGCUUGCUUUCACUCUUUCUGAAGAUCUAAAACAAUCUCCCCCUCCCCUCCGUAGAAAAUUUUCUUUCUUGUUUUUGUUUUAGUAACAGAAACGAAACAUAUCGUAGUUAAAAGAAAAUGAUGAGAGUGAAGACAAAAGCAACAGGGUUGGCCCCGGUGGCAAGUGGCGGUGGCGGUAGAGGUGAAUCGGCUGCUCAUGAUUUGGAGCUUAGACCCGGAGGCAUGCUGGUACAAAAGCGAAACCCGGCCUCCGAUCGAAAUUCCAUCCCACCACCGACUAUUAGAGUUAGAGUCAAAUACGGCUCCAUCUACCACGAAAUCAGUAUCAGUUCUCAAGCUACAUUCGGGGAGUUGAAGAAGAUGCUGACAGGGCCAACAGGAUUACACCAUCAAGAUCAAAAGCUAUUAUACAAAGACAAGGAGAGGGAUUCCAAAGCUUUUCUAGACAUGGCAGGUGUGAAGGACAAGUCCAAAAUUGUUUUAGUUGAAGACCCAAUUAGUCAAGAAAAGAGGUUAUUGGAGACCAGAAAGAAUGCUAAGAUAGAGAAGGCUUCUAAAUCCAUCUCCCAAAUCAGCUUGGAAGUUGAUAGGCUUGCUGGCCAGGUGUCAGCUUUUGAAACAAUAAUCACCAAAGGUGGGAAAGUAGCGGAGAAAGACUUGAUUAAUUCGAUUGAGCUGCUGAUGAAUCAGUUGCUUAAAUUAGAUGGGAUUACAGCCGAUGGAGAUGUCAAACUGCAAAGAAAAAUGCAGGUGAGAAGAGUUCAAAAAUAUGUUGAAACAUUGGAUAUGUUGAAGAUUAAAAACGCUAUGCCAAGCAACAAUGGAGGUCAAAUGGAAAUCCAAAAUCAACACAAGCAUACAAAUGGGCAAAAACUAGCCCCAACCCAAGAGCAAAAGCCUAGGCAUUUUAACGGGCAAAGACUAGCACCAAUUCAAGAGCAGCAAUCGAGCAACUCAAUUGCCCAUUUGCCAAUCCAUCAACAACACCACCAAUCAGCAUCGGGGCCCGUCGUAGUCACCACGAACUGGGAGACAUUUGAUACCUCCCCAACAUCGUUCCCGGUUCCCUCAGCAUCCACAUCAACCGCCAAUAAUUCAGUCCCGCCAAAAUUCCCUUGGGACUUCUUUGACUAAGCAGCACUAUGCCACGUCUCUGCUCUAUUUUUCUCUGGUGUGUGUGUGUGUGGAUGUGCUUCGGUUUGCCUUUCACUUGGGUUUGUUAUCAUCAUCUUCUUCUUUUUCUUCCAUUCUUUCUGUACUUAGAUAUUGUUGGGCAACUGCACCCUUAAUUUCUAAUCUGCCAUUCAGUUCACCAUAAAAUAAACGGGGCUUCCUCCACCAUAGUGAUUACUAAUUACUAUGAUGAUUAUAGACUGUUGAAACCAAA